AUGGCUUGGAGCACCGGAAGUGUCCUAAACCUAACGACGGUGUUCUUUCCGGAUGACGUGGACUGGAAGGAGACACCUGCCGCCCACGUGUUCAGAACCGACGUGCCUGGCCUCUCCCGGGAUGAAGUCAGGGUCGAGAUCGUCAAGGGAUGGACGGUCAGAAUCUACGGCAAACGGGCACGCGACGCCAGGGAAGGAACCACCGACACGUGGCGCCACGUGGGUCGCUGGAGCGGCAGGUUCGAGCGCACCUUCAAGCUACCUCAGAACGCCUGCGUGGACCAGCUCAGAGCCUCUAUGAAACACGGCGUUCUCACUAUCACCGUUCCCAAGGUCGAGCCCCUCAGGUCCAUUCCUAUUGAUGAUGAAGACUGA